GUAGCGUGCGAACUGUUGUCUGCAGGUAGAAGUGGUUUGUUUGGGUCACGACAGGUUCUUAAAUCGGGAUUGGACGCUUCCGCCCGAGCCGCGGACCUUCUCCCUCAGAACCUCCGGUAGAUGUUCACCGAUCAGUGACGCGAUGAAGUCUGACGCGGAGGAGCUGAUGCCCAGGGUGCUGUACGUGGAGUACGGAGCCAGUUCAGAGGAGCUGGACCUGAUGGGACCUCCAAGAAACCCACAGGAGUAUAUGCGACAAGUCCAGUUGGAGGCGUCAUUAUGUCCAGAGGUGGUUGUUGCUCAGAUUGACCCCAAGAAACUGAAGAAGAAACAAACAGUGAAUGCUUCUGUGGCAGGUUGCCAUGCUGCUCCCAUGGGUUUCUGCCCCAGUCUCAGUUGGCAGCGGCAGCAAGUCGGUCACUUCUCAGAUGUCAGACAGAGCAUCACAAGGAACAGAAAUCACUGGUGCAGCCAGUCUCUGGAUGACAAUGUGCUGAUGCCAAAGGUAACAGAUGAGGAAGGCUGGAAGAGGUUUUGUUUAGGGGAGGUCAUCUAUCUGGGAACGUCAUCCUGUGACACAGAUGCAGAACCAGCACUGGACUACAGCAAGGUCGGAUUCCCUCCCUUCCUGAGCAUCGUCAGCAGACUCAACCAGUCCACAGUGUUGAUGGUGUUAGAGACUCUCAUCAGUUGGUUUGAGGAGAGAGAGUUUGUUCCACAGUUGGGCCGCUGGUUGUUUGGUUUGUUGUCCUGCCUGGAGAAGCCUUUACUGCCUGAAGCCCACUCCUGCAUCAGACAACUGGCCAGGAGAUGUUCUCAGCUCCGCAGCACGCUGGAGAGUCAGGACGAUGAGAAACUACCUGCCCUCAACCUGCUCAUCUGUCUUGUUGCCAGAUAUUUUGAGCAGAAUGACCUGGCAGAUCAACCGCAGUGAACACACGGUCGAGCUGUUUGAUAUCAACAGGACAUAAAGCAGAAUGAGAUGUGAGCGAACUGAUGCAGCAGAUUCUACAGUCAAGCAACAAGUUGGAACGUUCAAGAUUUAACCCCAAAGAACCAAUGGAUGGAGAUAAACACAUCCACAUGUUUCUACACAGUUUCAGAUAAGAGUUGAGGAUAAAACCCCGUUCCCCAGUCAUGAACACAAAUGUUAUUUGUUGUUGAAUUAUAAUAUUGACUCUCAACUGACCUCUGCUGGUACAAUGUUAAACAGCAGCAGCACUUUUGUUUUAAUCAGUCAGUUUUUACUUAGUGAAUUUAUC